GUUGAUUAAGAGGGUGAAUUGAUGUUUCAUAGCUUCUCAAGCAACUUCUUUCUGUCUUUCACAAGUGGAGGUCAGAGGUCAAUGUACAAGAGUUGCUUGUUCUUACCUCCCUACCAUGUGAGUCCUGGUGGACAAACUGAACUCAAUGGGCUUGGGGCAAGCCUCUAUUCACUGAGCCAUCUUUCUGGCUCUGAACACAACCCUUCAUGAGAAAUAUAUUACAGACACCAAUCCUCUGAUUUCCUGUCUCUUUCAGGAAAUGGCAGCCCAGGGAGAAGCUUGUGAGGAGAGAAUUUGUGAAUUUGAUGAUGAUUUGGCCUCUGAGCUCUCUGCACUUCUCGGUCUGGACGCAGGUCAGGUCCUAAAGAGACAAGAUGAAGAGGACCAUCAAGAACGGAUGAAGAUGAAGAAAGGCUUUAACUCACGGAUGCGCAGUGAGGCCAGACGAUUAAAGACUUUUGUGAACUAUGAGUCGUUCAGGUCAUGGACGCCACAGGACAUGGCAGCCGCUGGGUUUUACCUUACUGGGGUGAAACUUGCGGUGCAAUGUUUCAGCUGUAGUUUAAUCCUCUUUUCCACCAGACUCAGGCAUCUUCCCAUAGAAAACCACAGGAAAUUACGUCCAGAAUGUGAGUUCCUUUUGGGCAAGGAUGUUGGGAACAUUGGCAAGUACGAUGUAAGGGUGAAGGGUCCAGCGAGGACUCUGAGAGGUGGCAGAGCUCGGUACCAAGAAGAGGAGGCCAGACUGGAGUCCUUUGAGAGCUGGCCGUUUUAUGCCCACGGGACAUCGCCACGUGUUCUCUCCGCAGCCGGCUUUGUCUUCACAGGAGAAAGGGACACCGUGCAGUGUUUCUCCUGCGGUGGAUGCUUAGGAAACUGGGAAGGAGGAGACGAUCCCUGGAAGGAGCACGCCAAGUGGUUCCCCAAAUGUGAAUUUCUUCGAAGUAAGAAAUCAUCAGAGGAAAUUGCCCAGUAUAUUCAAAGCUACAAGGGAUUUGCUCAUGUAACGGGAGAACAUUUUGUGAAUUCCUGGGUCAGAAGAGAAUUACCUAUGACAUCAGCUUACUGCAAUGACAGCGUGUUUGCCAAUGAAGAACUGAGGAUGGACACUUUUAAGGACUGGCCCCGCGAAUCACCUGUGGCUGUUGAGGCUCUGGUCAGAGCAGGCCUUUCCUACACAGGGAAAGAGGACAUUGUCCGGUGUUUUUCCUGUGGAGGAUGUAUGUCAAAGUGGGAGGAAGGUGACGACCCAUUAGCAGAUCACACCAAGUUUUUUCCCAACUGUGUAUUUCUUCAAAACCUGAAGUCUUCUGCACAAGAGAUUCCAGCCCUUCAGAGCCCUGAUGUCCUUCUGGAAGCCACGGAAACCACAAGUGAGAGCAAUCACGAGGAUGCAGCGGCAGUUCAUCCUACCACGGCCGACUUGGCUCAGAGUGAAGCCCCGUGGUUUCAAGAGGCAAAGAGUCUGAGUGAGCAGCUGAGAGGCGCCUACACCAAGGCCACUUUCCGCCACAUGGAUUUGCCAGAGGUGUGCUGCAGCCUCGGCACUGACCACUUGCUUGGCUGCGAUGUGUCCAUCGUUUCAAAGCACAUCAGCAGGCCAGUGCAGGAGGCCCUGACGAUGCCCGAGGUCUUCAGCAAUCUCAGCUCUGUCAUGUGUGUGGAGGGGGAAGCUGGCACUGGAAAGACAACCUUCCUGAAGAAAAUAGCUUUCCUCUGGGCAUCAGGAUGCUGUCCCCUGUUGAACAGGUUCCAGCUGGUCCUCUACCUGUCCCUUAGUUCCACCAGACCAGACCAGGGGCUGGCCGACAUCAUCUGUGCCCAACUCCUAGAGGCAGGAGGAUGCAUUAGUGAGGCGAGCCUAAGCAGCAGCAUCCAGCACUUUAAACACCAGGUGCUCUUCCUGCUGGAUGACUAUAGUGGGGCAGACUCACUCCCCCAAGCCCUGGAAACACUGAUUACAAGAAACUACUUGUCACGAACCUGCUUAUUGAUCGCUGUCCACACAAACAGGGCCAGGGACAUCCGCCCGUACCUAGAUAGGAUUCUAGAGAUCACAGACUUUCCCUUCUAUAACACUGUUUCUGUGUUACGGAAGUUCUUCUCACAUGAUAUAAUCCGUGUGCGAAGGUUUAUAAAUUACUUUGGAAUGAAUGAAUAUUUACAGGGGAUUCAGAAAACCCCCCUGUUUGUGGCAGCAGUCUGUAGUGACUGGCUUCAAAAUCCUUCUGACCAGCCCUUUCACGAUGUGGCAGUUUUCAAGGCCUACAUGAAAUGUCUGUCCUUAAAGUACAAAGCUGCAGCUGAGGCUCUCAAGGCCACUGUGUCCUCAUGUGGGCAGCUUGCCUGUAGAGGGCGUUUUUCAUCCUGCUUUGAGUUCAACAGUGAUGACCUCACAGAAGCAGGAGUUGAUGAAGAUGGAGAGUUGACCACCUGCUUGAUAAGCAAAUUCACCGCCCAGAGACUGAGACCAAUCUACCGGUUUCUAAGUCCUCUGUUCCAGGAAUUUCUUGCUGCCAUGAGGUUGACUGAACUCCUGGGUUCAGAUAGGCAGGAAGACCAAGAUCUGGGACUUCACUAUUUGAGACAAAUUAACUCACCCUUGAAGGCUAUGAGCUCCUACCACACUUUUUUGAAGUAUGUCUCCAGCCAGCCUUCCUCAAAGGCUGGACCAAGAGUUGUGUCUCAUUUGCUUCAGUUGGUGGAUGAGAAAGAGUUUCUGGAGAGCGUGUCUGAAAAUGAGGAUUACAUGAAGCUCCAUCCAGAAGCUUCCCUGUGGAUGGAGUCUGUCAACAGGUUGCAGCAUUUAUCUCCUGAAGCCUGCUCUUUAUUUAUUUCAGAAAACUUGCUAAGAAUUGCUUUAAACUUUGCUUACCAAAGCAACACAGUUGAUGCAUGUUCUCCAUUUAUCUCGAAAUUCCUUCGAGGGAGAACACUGCCUUUGAGAGUACUGAAUUUACAAUACUUCUGGGAUCAUCCGGAAAGCCUCUUAUUACUGAAGAGCAUUGAGGUCUCCAUAAAUGGAAAUAAGAAGGUACAGAUAAUAGACUUUCCACUCAUAGAAAGAAGUUUGGAAACAUUGCAGCCGCCAACUGUAGAUCCAGACUAUGUGUCUGCCUUUCAACCCAUAUAUGAAUGCAAGAAAAAUUUGUCUGAAAAAGAAGAGAUAAUAAAAAACUAUGCGGAUAUCCAACACCAGGCCCCACCCAACAUCAGCGCUGGCUACUGGAAACUGUCACCCAAGCCAUACAAAAUCCCUAGGCUGGAAGUUGGAGUGGCCAACAUGGGCCCAGCAGACCAAGCCCUGCUCCAGGUCCUGAUGGAAGUCUUCUCAGCCUCACAGAAUAUUGAGCUCUGCUUAUCCAACAGCAGUGGCUUUCUUGACAGCAUCCGCCCGGCUCUGGAGCUGAAUAAGACCUCUGUCACCAAGUGCUCCAUGCGCAGCCUAGAGCUCAGCACAGCAGAGCAGGAGCUGCUUGUCACCCUGCCUGGCCUGCAGUCUCUCGAGGUCUCAUGGGUAAACCAGUUACCAGAUCAACUCCUCUCUAACUUGGACACAUUUCUGGGCCUGAAAGAACUGUCUGUGAGACGAUGUGACAAAGCUGAUGUGCUUUCAGUCCUUCCUGAAGAGUUCCCAAACCUCCACCACAUGGGGACCUUAUCCAUCCAAACUUCCACCGAGUCUGACCCCUCCAGACUAGUUAAAUUGAUUCAGAACUCUCCAAAUCUUCAUGUCUUCCGUCUAAAAUGUGAUUUCCAUUCGAACUGUGAGUCUCUUAUGGCUGUGCUUGCUUCCUGCAAGAAACUCAGAGAGAUUGAGUUUUCUGGAAGAUGCUUUGAACCCAUGCCAUUUGUCACCAUUUUGCCAAAUUUUGUUUCUCUGAAGAUUUUGAAUCUUAAAUGCCAGCAAUUCUCAGAUAAGGAAACUUCUGAACUGUUUGCACAGGCCCUGGGCUCUCUCAGGAACCUGGAGGAACUGCUUCUUCCCACUGGGGACGGGAUUCACCAAGUGGCCAAACUGAUUGUCCAGCAAUGUCUGCAUCUUCAGCGUCUCCGAGUCCUUGCCUUUGGGGGGACUUUGGAUGAUGACAGUGUGAUGGAAAUUGCCAAGGUAGCAACCAGAGGAGGUUUCCAGAAACUUGAGAACUUAGAUCUUUCAAUGAAUCACAAGAUUACAGAAGAAGGAUACAGACAUUUCUUUCAAGCCCUGGACAACCUGACAAACUUGCAAAACCUGAAUGUUUCUAGGCAUAUCCCAGAAUGCAUCCAAGUUCAGGCCACCACUGUCAAGGCUCUGAGUCAGUGUGUGUCCCGACUGCCCAGCCUCACCAGGCUCGGGAUGCUCAGUUGGCUCCUGGAUGACGAGGACAUGAAAGUGAUCGAUGCAGUGAAGGAAAGACACCCCCAGUCCAAACGCUUGUUUGUUCACUGGAAAUGGGUAGUGCCCUUCUCUCCUGUCACUCAGAAGUGACGGGUGCAGCAGAAGGCUAAUGGCAGGUCUGA